CGCAGGACAAAUAAUACCUAUAAAUUUUGGCCAGAAAAAAAUGAUUAUUCGCGGUUGGAAGAGUGCAAGGCCGUCCUCGAAGAAGUGUUAUCGCACGACAAAAUAUCAGGUAAACCUGUGCUGGUUUUGGCCAACAAGCAGGACAAGACAGGAGCUCUGGAUGAUGUAGAUGUAGUAGAGAAAUUGAACAUUGAGCCGUUGGUUAACAAAUACAGAUGUCCAACCCUAGUAGAAUCUUACACAGCGUACCCACUGACGAAGUCGAAAAAGCUUAAAAUCGAUCCUGGCCUGAGGAAAGGCUACCAAUGGCUGCUCAACUACAUUGUCCGAAGAUACGGCGACAUAAAUCUUCGCGUCCAAACAGACAUACACACAGAACUAGAGCGCAGACGGCGAAUGCUCAAUCGCGUUGCGAACCGCGGUUCUCAAACUUUCACAGCGGUGAGCGACGACAUAGCGACCCAAACCGGGUUUGAGAACCCCAAUUUCGAUUUGCAAAAGGCUGACGAAAAUGGACUGAUUGUUGUCAAACCUAUAAAGCCGGCAAACGAUUCGACAAUCACUAUCGAAAGUUUGGAUGACUCUGAUAAUACAAGCAAGCCUAAGUUAUCUCCGCUAUUCGGAAGGGUAAGCGAUUCAACUAGUGAGUCGGUCAAAAUCGAAUUGGAGCCGCGAAGUGAGUACAGGAAGCUCUCGCCAAUUGUGAGGAAACCGAUUAAUCAUAUCGAUUUUAAGAAUCGACCGCAAUCGAGCCCUACUUAUAGGAAUAAGCUGUCGUCAAGCAAGAGCUCGUCAGUUCAGGAGGAGAAGUCAGCGAAGGUGGCUGAUACGAGAGUCACUCGAACCCCCGAGCUUGCGUUCAACAGACAUCGAGUGCUGGUAGACGACGUGGAGCUGUCCACGAUGCAUCGCGAAAUUGUACUGACAGAUCGCGUUCACAAAGCCUCCUCCGACAUAGUUCCAGCCGAGGCGGCGACACUGCCACUAAGCGCCAGGCCCUCAUCGGCUUCUCAGCUCAUCAGGCGACAGCUGGAAAUGUCUUCCCACCAUCGACGUCGACUUAGUUUGCGAUAUAUGCAACGCAACAAAACUAGCCCGGAACGCAAUUCGAUGCUAAUAUAUGAGCCGGGCAAACAGAAGCAGUUGGAUAAAGGUGACUUUGAAUUCACCGCCAAUACCAAAUAGAUGGAGCAGUACUGAGCGGUGCAGUAUUGUUUACUUAGAUUAUAAUUUUAUGUUAAGCAGUAUUUGUUGAUUUUGUAAAUUUUAAGAGAUAUUUCAGUUUGAAAAAUAUAUUUAUGUUAUAGUUUCGUGGUCCAUGAGUUUAAUGUCAUAUGGGACCAAAUAUGUAUGGGUUACAUUUAACAUUUAAAACUGUAUCUUGAGCAGUCAAAGGAAUUAAUACGCGGGUGUAAGCCAGUACAUUAAUACUUUUUAGCCAGAUGGAUCUUAGUUAAUGUGCAAUCAAUGACACUGGUUAACACUUACACAACGACACACUUAUGUCAAAUUCUCGCUGCCUGCGGCACUAUAGGGAUAUAGAUAAAAUAAAAAAAAAGUGUUUGUGUACUUAUGGACGUAAGCUAGAAGUUAUACUACUUUAUUUAUUUAUUUACAAUUAGGUACAAUAACAGAUAACAAGAUAAAACUUUCAUCCAAUAACAAGUACAGGAUACAUUUUGUGAUCCUGAGAUCCAAUUAAAAUUGUACACAUCAUUCACCAAAUACAGUAAAAAAAAAUAAUAAGUGGAAGUAUUUAUGCAAUUUUAAAUAGUCAUGUUAUAUUCAUUACAUUAUUUGUAAAUGAUACCAAAUAGGUAGUCUGGCACGGUCCUUAGCGCCUAAACUAUGUUUUGACUUUUGACACACAGCGGCAUAGCACAGAUAAUAUUUAGUUUUUCAAGGUUUGCGCAUAAUUCAUUCACUCUAACAUCGUAAAAAAUCAAAAUAUUAGUCUAGGGUUACGAUAAGCUAUAUGUAAUAACAUUUGUUAGAAUAGGGUAGGUGCGAUAUAUUCGGAGUAUUAUCGUAUCGUUCUGAAUAUAUCGUUGUCUAUUUUGCGAGUAGACCUCCUGGUAGCGGACCUUAUUCGAUGGUAUGUCGCAUUGUCCAUCGCAUAAUAAUAUUAUUAACAUCAAGACUGUACCGAGUACGACGCCAGACUUGGUGCGAGUCGCCCACCGGACUGUCCGAUGGCCCGGCCGUAACAAAUCCGAGCAUGUGUUUAGGCCAGGCGUUUCCAACCUUUUGGUAUUAACGGCAGCACACUUUAAGUUCAUCAAAGUUUCCAGUAAAAAAUAGUAAAACUGGCGCUUAGAGGGUUCCGUACAUUUUUUCUGUGUGUUUAGCUUACUAGGUAAUGAAAUGUUGAAUGAUUUUACUUAGAUAAUAAUAAUAUAAGUCUAGAUAGACUCUUGCUGUUAGUCAACCGAUAAAAAAGGCCAGGAAUAUUAGUUUAGUGUGCGUGACAAGCUAGGUCUUAAACUCUAUUUUGUAUAACACGUUGUGUUAUAAAAUAGAGGUUAGUUCAAAACUUUUUUUUCGACGUUUUCACAGCUGUCAUAGUCUAUCUAGACGUAUAAAUGAUUUAAGUGAUCUUAUUAUGACGUGCAAACAGAUACAGGGUAUUGAGAAUUAUAUUAAAAAUUAACAUGUUUGUACUAUUGAUAUAUACGUAUUUGCGUACUGGUUUGUUAAAUACAUUUCGUGCGGUUACGCAUCUGUCCCUAGCGCGCCGAUGAUGUAUGGCGCCGCGGGCAGCGUGCAGUUGACAUUAGUUUAUUUAUAACCCCUAUAUGUUAAUCUAAAUCUUUUGAUUUAUCCUUUUUGUACUUAUUUCUACUAGAAAUAUGUCAAUAGAAAAAACUACGAUUUUGUAGAACUUUCGUGUUGAAAUUAUUGUGAUAUAUUAUGUAGUAUAUAAAUAUUAGUGAUUCGAAACUAAUUAUUAUUGACUAAGCAAACUAAUUGCGUUAAGGUCCAUUCGUAAUGAAUAAUAAUAAUGAAUAAAAAUCCGUGUGAAGAGAAUGGUAGGUUUUUGUUAGGGUUCAAUGACCGAAAUUUUCUUUGCCUCGUGACCAUUGCCGUGAGUAUUAGAAAAACCUAAUAUGCUUAGUAUUCAAAUUACUCAGAAGAAGAGUUUUAUUCAUUUGGAAUAAUUAAUAUUAUAGUAAUAAUAUAUUAUUAAAUAAUAUAGAUGAAUAUUGUGUAGCUGUAUUUUUGUAUUUUGUGUAUGAAAAGUAGUUUGUUAAUAAAUAGUUGAUUAUAUCAUU